CUGGACCAGCUCUCCCAGUGCCCGCCUGCAGCCCCCCCCCACUCCCGACAGCCAAGUCACAGCCUCCAGGGCACCUUUACGGCAAGCAGGUGGGUGGUGGGUCCUGAACUCGGAGACCAGAAGGUGGGCUUCUGGGCAGAGAUGGCCCUGCAGAGCCAGGCGUGGUCUCCGGUCACACCCAUGCUCAUGGCGGAGAGCUUCCUCUACCGGCAGCGGCUAGAGGUCAUCGCGGAGAAGCGGCGGCUGCAGGAGGAGAUCCGCGCCGCGCGCCGGGAACUGGAGGAAGAGAAACUCCGCGUGGAGCGACUCAAGAGGAAAUCUCUCCGGGAACGCUGGCUCAUGGACGGGUCAGCCAAGGAACCAGAGCGACCCCAGGACCCCACCUCGCAGGACCCCCAGUCACCUGAGGGCCAGGCCCAGGCCCGCAUCCGAAACCUGGAAGACAGCUUAUUCACCCUCCAGUCCCAGCUGCAGCUGUUGCAAAGCGCAUCCACAGGUGCCCAGCACAAGCCUUCAGGCAGGCCCACCUGGCGCAGACAGGGUCACCGUCCUCUCUCCCAGCCUACGGUGGAGGCAGGUCCUGCAGGCCAGACUGAUCUAAACAAGAGAGCUUCCCUACCAGCUGGACCAGUGGGCACAGACCCAGAGUCCCCCUCUGAGCCCAGAGAUGAGGCUGUCUGGGUUCCACCAGCCCCAAGGAGGGUCCCUGGGGCAGCAGGGGUCUCCUUGGAAACCAAUGGCCCCUGCCCUGGAUCCAGCCCCCCUCUGGAGCAAAUGCUGAGUCAGGGGGUGGCAGCACUGGAGGAGGGAGUGAGUGGGGCCAAAGGAGAAGACACAGUGAAGGUGGAGUGGGAGGGGCUGAGGGCCACAGAAGACUGUGCCAUGGGGACGACGGGCCUGGAGCUGGAGGCUAAGGUGGAGGAGAUGGUGCUGGAGGCCAUUGGGGACAGACAGGAAGCCGGCCGCCCAGAGCUCCCGUCAUGGGUCAAGGAGGACAGGGGUGUCGUGGAGGUACUCUGGGAAGGGGUGGGAGGCACAGAGGGCAGUGACUUAGAGGUCACAGGGGAGGCAGGCCAGGGCCUGGAGGCUGUGCAGACCAGCUCCCUGCAGCUCCAGGAGGGACCAGUGGGAGCAAUGUCUGAAGGAGGGGAAGGCGCUCCCAGGGGCAGCCCUGAUGGUGAUGGGCAGGGGGGCCUUAGAGGAGAGGAGGGGUCCUUCAUUUGGGUGGAGAAAGUGACCCUCAGUGAGGAGUGGGAGGAGCUGGUAGUGGACGGGUUAGAAGAGCCAAAGGCCCUGGGAAGAGAAGGAGAUGAGAGUCCACUGGGGGCAGAGAGUAGAGGUGGGGAGGAAACGUGGGAGGUGGAAAUAGGGCGGGCAGAGGAAUCGGUGGGCGAGGGGAAGAAAGGAAGUGAGGGAAAGGUAGGUGCAGAGCCAAGAGAAGCAGAGAUGUCACUGGCGAUGGAGAGGAAAGAAAGUGAGAAAUCCUUGGAGCCAGAGAGGAGAGGAAGUGAGGAAAAGGUGGAGACAGAGAGGGGAGGAGAGGAGGAACCACUGUCAGCAGAAAGAAAAAGAGUUGAGGGACCUCUGAGGGCAGAGAGGGAAAGAGGUGAGGAGCCAUUGAGAGCAGAGCAGAAAGGAGGCAAGGAAGAGCUAGAGGCAAUCAAAGAACCUUUGGUGACGGAGAGAAAAGAAGGUGAGGAAUCAUUGAAAGUAAAGAGAAUGGGAGGUGAGGAGCCACUGGAGGCAGAGGCCAAAGGAGAUGAGGAAUCACUGAAGGUAGAGAGAACCAGAGAUGAGGAGCCACUGGAGGCAGAGACAAAAAGAGAUGAGGAAUCACUGAAGGUAGAGAGAAUGGGAGGUGAGGAGCCACUGGAGGCAGAGGCCAAAGGAGAUGAGGAAUCACUGAAGGUAGGGAGAACUGGAGAUGAGGAGCCAUUGCAGACAGAGAAGACCCAAGGGGUUGAGGAAGAUCUGAGUCCAGGAGAGCAGAGAGAGUCGGGAGGAAAAGAGGAAUGUCAGGCAGAGGAGGUGAGCAAGACAGGGUCUCCCCUGGGGGCCAAGGAGGAGGCAAGGCCAGAGGAAGAAAGACAGCAGCCCCAGGAGAAACAGGAAGGCUCCCUGAAGGAGGAAGCAGUGAAGCCCCAAACCCCUGCUGAGGGCCAGGACCCCCCUGGGGAUGCCACCCCCUUUCUGGCGGAGACCUCAGCUCCGGAGCAGCCCGCUGAGUGCCAGCCACUGCUUCAGGUGGAAAGGCCUAGGGCCAACCCCAGUGCCCGCCCUGUGCCCACCUAUGCGCCUGCCCGGCAGCCAGAGCCAUCUGCCCCUCCUGAGGGUGAAGGGGCGAGUGGCCCUAAGCAGAAGACGUGCCAGUGUUGUGCAAUUAUGUGAGCCCGUGCCCUCCACCCCAUUCCCAGCUCCUCUUACAGCUACCUCGGCCUCUUGGCAUCCAGCAGAGGGUCCCAGGCACAGACAGGGCACUGCGGGACUGGCUGUGGUAUCUGGGAGCCAGCUGGGCCACAUGUCCACCUCCACCUGGACUUCCAGACCCCUUGUCCACUGCCUGUGACCCUGGCUCCCUUCUGUGACAAAGCCUUUAUACUUGAAAUAAAAUGAUAAAACGAUAA